AAACCUGUAUUCUGGUGCUUCUGCCUUCGUGUGACAAGCGAGGUUGUUCUUUUAUAAACACAAACUUUAUUUUUCUGUCGUGCGAAAGCUCAAAUGCAGAUUUAACAUUUUCCGUUUAUUUGUUCAUUUCACUGGAAAUGAAGAUAGAGCCUCUAUCAGCUAUUUGCUAACCAUUGUUCUUUUAUCAGUGGAAGUGUGAUUUUUUUAAACAUUAUUUCUCAGUUGAACAGGAAACAUCUGCUGCCCCUGGCUCCUUGCUGCGGGGUUUGUGUUUUUUAAACCAACCCUCAAAUUCCCAGCUGAAUUUGAACAUGGAAGCUUAACACGAGAUCUGAAUUUCCCAGAAGAAGGCUAAUAAAGAGAAACUUUUACUUUGGAACCAAACAUGAAGUCAGCUGGAAAAAGUGCUGCGCUCCUGGCAUUGCUUUCUUUAAUCGCCAUGCGCGUGGGGGGUGGAUUUGUGGAGCCUGCUAACCCCGUCACCACCCUGCGCUCCGUGACAGAGACUCAAACCAGACUCCCCUGUCAGUAUCAGGUGGAGGGUGAGCAGAAGGUGGUGCAGGUCACCUGGUACAAGGAGCUUUCAGAUGGCAGCAAAGAUAUGAUCAUCACAGCUCACUUCAUCGACGGCCAUAGAGAUUUUGGGCGUUACUCUGGUCGGGUGAGGUUCGAGAACAGCAACCCCAUCAAGAACUCUGCUCUGAUCAUCCUGAACACAGAGCAGUCGGACGAGGGCACCUACGCCUGCCAUAUCUCCACCUUCCCCAGUGGAAAUUUUGAGACGAAGAUCGCCCUCACCGUCUGGAUUUUACCCAUCUCCUCCCUGGAUCCAGUAACUCUUGUGGAGGGCCAAUCCUUCCGUGUGGCAGCCACCUGCCGGGCUAUAGGUCACCCACUUCCCAUUCUCUCGUGGGACACGGACAUCUCAGGAACGGUCCAGAACCGCACCAGCGAGACUCGGUCAGUGUCCAGCUACUUCUCGCUCCACCCCCUGCGUAGCAUGAACGGGAAAAAGCUGGACUGUUUAGUGUGGCAUCCUGGCCUGGAGGAGCCGCGUAGGAUCAGCAACCGCCUGGAGGUUCAAUACCCCCCAGAUGCUACGAUCACGACGUCCUCGUCUCGUUGGUAUGUGGGUUUGGAGAAAGCUGAGCUGGUGUGCGAAGGCAGGGGACACCCCACACCUCAAAACUUCACCUGGACGUGGAAAGGGGGAGCUCUGCCUGACGGGGUGUCUGUGGUUGGAGGGAAGCUCCUCUUUCAGCGGCCCGUUCACUUGAGUGACAGUGGGGCCUACGAGUGCAUGGUCACAAACAGUGUGGGAAGGGGAAAAACUGAGUAUAUGCUCAAUAUAGAUGAGAUGCAAUGGCGCAUUGGCGAAACCCCUCCUGAUAACCUGCUGCUGAUCAUAAUUUGUGCCUCCACCGGAGGUUUAAUCCUCCUCCUGAUCAUCAUCAUCUUGGUGGUUCACUGCCAUCAUCGACGUAGAACGAACAAGCUUAAGAGAGAGCUAUGUGAAAAAUCGGAUGAAAUUAGGAGUUUCUCUAGGCAAGCCUCUUUCAGGAGAAUAAACUCUACCAGCACAGACUUCAGAUACCAGGGUGAAGACUCCAUGCUCAGAAUAGAUAGCCGAAUGAAAAACAGCCAAAUGUCUCUGGAGCAUACCCAUUCCACUCUGGGUGGGAGGUGGGGGCCAGGAGAUGUAGAACUGGAUGAACUGGGACGUCCGGUCAUCUGGUGUGAAGGCAGCGAUAUUCCAGGAGGAGCUGAGGUUGACGGAGGGAAGGAGGCGCAAAGGAACAGGGUGGAGUCAUACCUGAAGAGCAGUAGCAACAUGUCGCUGGCUCAGCAGGAUGACGGCAGCGGGCCCAGAGAACCAGACGCCUGCCAGCCCAGGGAGAGAGAGGACUGGGUUCCCACACAGUGUGAAGGACACGACAGUGACGAAGAUGGGAGCCACUACCAGUUAUCACAGACUCUCAGGAAUUACUUUGACUACAGCAAUGGGGCCAUCAGGCCCAAGCCAAGUAACAAUUCCAUUAUUCUACACCCCAGAGGACAGCUGAUCUAGACAGGACUCUCAUCUGUGAUAUGAAAAGAGAGACUGUCUGUAUCUCUGCAGUGACUCUGACUGUGACGUUUGAUGUUUGCUUUGAAUAUAUCGGAAGGGUAAUUCGUCUCAGGUACUAUCCCAAUGCUGAUUGUUGAUUUUUUACUUUAGAGAUUCUUCCUUAUUUCUGUUAAUCAAAAGAAGGUUAUGAGUUGUUCUUUUGAGCAUUUUAUGACUUCAUCAGUGAGGUAAUAAAAAAGAGAUGAGGAAUAAUUUGGGGGGAGAGAAAAAAAAAGUCCUGAGCCAGAUACGACUGGUAUAGUAGAACUGGAACAUUUUGGACCACUAAUGUAGAAUUAAGUUUAUAGAGAGUUUUGCCCUGAAAGGUAUGCAAAUGAAAAGUAUUUUUGUUCUUUAAGGUAUUGUAUUAAGAAUCCUGUUACAAAUGUUUACUAUGUUUGGUGCAAAGCUGAGUUUUGCAUCCAGUGCUUCUUGUUUAAAUACAUGUGAAUAGAUACAAAGGACUUGAGAAUCCUGCCUCAUGCAGGACAAUAUGUAUAUAUUGCAUAUGUUUAUAUACACUGAUCAUCCACGACAUUAAAACUGUUAAAAGGUGAAGUGAAUAACAUUGACUCACUUGUUACAUCGCUUCGCCCUGUAGAGAAACCUUAGAUCUGGCGACUCCACAUCACAAAAAUUAUUUGAGGAACUUGGCAAAGAGUCCAAGGUGCUGAUACAAACUAUCAGCUCCUCAGAUCCAAAUUGAAUUCAGGUUUUUGAGGCUGAUACUCGCCCAAAGGAUCAAGUAAAGACACCCUCAGCGAUCCAGUGCUCUUGCCCCGAUGGGUCAGUUAUUUCUACAUUGUUUCCACAUUAACUCUUGCACAUUAGGUGUUCUUAUGUUAAUGUCUGAUAUAUGUGUGUGUGUACAUUUGUUUAUUAAUACAUCUUUACAGCCACCUGCUGCUGUCAGCUUAAAAAAAAAACCUCGUUAAUAUGAAGAACAAAAGAGACGAUGCUGAAAGUUCUUUGGCCAGCUGGUGUUGAAAUGCAGCAAACUGGGUCAGUUUCAUCUAUAUAACUAUAACUUUUUAGUGCUGUAAAUACCUUUUGUAAAAAAAAGAAACAUUGUGAUGAUACAAAUACAGUGUAAAUUUUUCUAUGCUUUUUUUUUAAGAAGAUCAGGAAGUGAUGUGUAUAUGUUGAAAAUCUUUAUUUGUAAAAGUGCAGCUUACAAACAUUCUUUUAAAAAACACUGGAACAUUAAAGCUACUUCGGGAACUUCAUGAAACAGUAGAAACUUUAUGGGUUAUUCUGUUAUAGGUUGAUGAAUUUAAAUAAAUUUUUUAUUGAA